AUCUGUUUCUUUGUUCUGCCUCAUGCGGUGACCGGCGGAACGACGUCCUUAGCUACUUAGUCGUCGCACCUGAGUUCGUCUGCCACCAUGCCACCUCUUUUUCACCGCACUCGGCGACACUCUUCCAUGUCGUGCUUCAGCAUGGUGUCUGCGUCGCCUGAACCUUCGCAGGUGGCUUCCGAGAUUGUGGUUCCCCGCAAGCACCUUCGCCGGUUCUCGAGCGUAGGGAACGUCAUGCGAAGCAAGAAGUCGGGGCCUGCGUCGGAGGCGAAUGACGAUAGUGACCUUGCGAUAUCGUAUCCAUGGAACUUCCAGCACAAGAUCCACGUGGAUGAACAUCUCAAUGGGCUGCCGGAGACGUGGUCCACAUUGCUCGAGAAGCCCAAGGGACUUGAAACCGUUGACGAAAGGCAGUCAUCCGAGUCUCCAAUGUGUGCACCUACAUCGGAGAUAUCACCCCCUUCGGCCAUUCAACACAAUAUACAUGUGGACGAAAACCUCAACGGUCUUCCGCCGGCUUGGGCUGCCCUGCUAGCUAAGUCUGGCCAGGAGAAGCCGCCGAAGUCAGCACGGCGCAGAUCCGUUGCUAUAGAGUCCCCUGUGUUCCAGGCGGGUGGCGAUCCCUAUAUCUCCCUUCCCUGGAACUUCAAGCAUGACAUACAUGCCUCAGCGGGAGCCGACGGGCUACCGCGCAACCUCCCUCCGAUGUUCAUUGAGCGCCUCAGCGAAGUGGGCUACACCGAGGUUGAAGUCGCAGCCAUUAGGGGCGGAGUAUAAGUAGCCCACUUCUCAGUCUUUGGUUUUCCUAUAUCCUAUCAUCGCCUAUUUCAAUGCUACUUCUAGAUCAAGGGUAAGGUAAUAUUGGGAUAGUACGUAUUUAUCGCUGUAUUCAGGCUGUAGCAAUCGGAGCUCGGGAUGCAGCUGGGCUGCUCAAGUAUACGAGACAAUCAUACUGUUCGACCUU